CGGCGGCAGAAUGUUCAGCUGGAUGGGGCGGCAGGCGGGCGGGCGCGAGCGCGCGGGCGGCGCCGACGCGGUGCAGACGGUGACGGGCGGCCUGCGCUCGCUGUACCUGCGCAAGGUGCUGCCGCUGGAGGAGGCGUACCGCUUCCACGAGUUCCACUCGCCCGCGCUGGAGGACGCCGACUUCGACAACAAGCCCAUGAUCCUGCUGGUGGGCCAGUACAGCACCGGCAAGACCACCUUCAUCAGAUACUUACUGGAGCAAGAUUUCCCAGGCAUGAGGAUUGGUCCAGAGCCCACCACUGAUUCCUUCAUUGCUGUGAUGUAUGGGGACACCGAGGGCAACACCCCAGGGAAUGCUUUAGUCGUGGACCCCAAAAAGCCGUUUCGAAAACUUAGUCGCUUUGGAAAUGCUUUCCUGAAUCGGUUCAUGUGCUCCCAGCUGCCCAACCAGGUCCUGAAGAGCAUCAGCAUCAUCGACAGCCCCGGCAUCCUGUCUGGGGAGAAGCAGCGCAUCAGCCGAGGGUAUGACUUCUGCCAGGUCCUACAGUGGUUCGCCGAGCGGGUGGACAGGAUCAUCCUGCUCUUCGAUGCUCACAAACUAGACAUCUCCGAUGAGUUCUCAGAGGCCAUCAAGGCCUUUCGAGGCCAGGAUGACAAGAUCCGCGUCGUGCUGAACAAGGCCGACCAGGUGGACACGCAGCAGCUGAUGCGCGUCUAUGGGGCCCUCAUGUGGUCCCUGGGCAAGGUCAUCAACACGCCUGAGGUGCUGAGGGUCUAUAUCGGCUCCUUCUGGGCACAGCCGCUGCAGAACACUGACAACCGCCGACUCUUUGAGGCCGAGGCCCAGGACCUCUUCAGAGACAUCCAGAGCCUGCCCCAGAAGGCAGCUGUUCGCAAACUCAAUGACCUCAUCAAGCGAGCAAGACUGGCCAAGGUACAUGCCUACAUCAUCAGCCACCUGAAGAAGGAGAUGCCGAGUAUGUUUGGAAAGGAAAACAAGAAGAGAGAGCUUAUCAGCAGGUUGCCAGAAAUCUACAUUCAGCUGCAGCGAGAAUACCAGAUCUCUGCAGGGGACUUCCCCGAGGUCAAGGCAAUGCAGGAACAGCUUGAGAACUACGACUUCACCAAAUUCCACUCGCUGAAGCCCAAGCUGAUCGAGGCUGUGGACAACAUGCUGAGCAACAAGAUCUCGUCCCUGAUGAACCUCAUCAGCCAGGAGGAGAUCAGCACGCCCACGCAGCUCGUGCAGGGCGGCGCCUUCGACGGCACCACCGAGGGCCCCUUCAACCAGGGCUACGGGGAGGGCGCCAAGGAGGGCGCCGACGAGGAGGAGUGGGUGGUGGCCAAAGACAAGCCCGUCUACGACGAGCUCUUCUACACCCUCUCUCCCAUCAAUGGCAAGAUCUCGGGCGUCAACGCCAAGAAGGAGAUGGUGACCUCCAAGCUGCCCAACAGCGUCCUGGGCAAGAUCUGGAAGCUGGCUGACUGCGACUGCGACGGCAUGCUGGACGAGGAGGAGUUCGCGCUGGCCAAGCACCUCAUCAAGAUCAAGCUGGAUGGCUACGAGCUGCCCAGCAGCCUGCCCCCCCACCUCGUGCCCCCGUCUCACAGGAAGUCCCUGCCCAAGGCCGACUGAGGGGCAGGCCACCGCAGGGCAGGCGGGGCGGGGCGGGGUGGGGGUUGGGGACCCGGGCCUGAGGCCACUCUGCCACGGACUCCUGAGCGGCCUUGGGCGAGGCACUGCCGCUCGGCCUCGCGCUCCCAUCUGUAGGCUGGCGGGAGGGCAGGCACUGUAACCUAGAUCAGGUCCUUUCAUGCCUACCAUUCCCUGGGUUUCUGUUAAAAUCUUGGCGGGAGGGGACGAUAAGGAGAGUGGUAUUGAGAAGGGAAGAUGCCCAGGGUGCACUGAGAGACCUGGUGAGACCGAGACGGGGAGCCCCGGGGAGCGAGCAGGACUCCUGGAGCAGUUGAGUCGGCUCGGCAUCGUGGACCAGCCCGUAGCCCCUGCCCAUCCUCAGAGGGCACGGGCGGUGGGCCAAGGUUACCUUGCGUGUCUCCUGCUCUAUGUGGAGUGCGGCCAAAGCGGAGCAGAGCGACCUCCUAGUCUCUCCCAACUGCCAAAGAGAAGACAGCUGCCCAGGCUUGAGGGGACGCGCCAGGCCUGUGUCCCGCCCACCUGGAGGCCCCAGCAGGUCAGGUGCCAGGCCAGCAGGGCACCUGCCCCAGCUCCCACUGACCAGCCCUCCCAGGGCACCCCCCUCCCCGGGGGCCUUCCCAGCAACAUUGUAUUGGGUUCGGGGCUUGGAAUUCACGGCCUUUAUUAACCCCAGGCAAGGUUUCUAGUCUUCAUUUCACGUCAUGUUAAAAUCUGAAGAUUCAUUUUUCUUACUGGUCUGUGUGAUAAUUUGUAGCGAAGUCUAUUUAUCAUGCCUAAACUAGAGUCAGGGAAAGACGGGUUCUUCAUCCUCAUCCCUCUGGCCUUCCACAUGCUCCCCAGGCCGCUCGGUCGGCUACAGGAUUUGAAUUCGGCGAAAACAUGUCUUGGUGCAUGUGGCGUCCCAGGCCCUGGGAAGGAGAUGGGAAGGAGAGGCCAGCUCUUCUGACUGUCGGCUGGAAGGGAUCAGUCUACUAGCAUAAGAGUCUAUUUUUGUACAAACAGGCAUUUUCGUUAUGUCUAGGUUUUUUUUUUUCUUAUAGGAUAAAAAGCCUUUGUGCAGAAACAGGAUGCACUCUGUCAUCAAAAGGCUUUCUUCAAAAGGGAGCUCGGUUUGUGCAGUGAAGGCCCAUCACGAGGCGGGAUCGGGUACCUUCCGUACAUUGGCUCCUGACUGGUCUCUCCCACGUCCCGUGCAACCCUCUCUGGGGACACCCAGGUGCCUGUGCCCGGGAGGGGGCCAGUGCUCACCGCCACCCUCCCAAGCAGGUUUCAGCUCCGGGACGCAGGUGCCUUCACCCUAUUAACGCAAUACGGGCCACCCGGACUGAUGAAGCCUGCAUUGCAUGGGGCCCUGCCAGCGCCAGAAGUAAAUAAAAUUCAUAUAGUCCCACCUGAGCCUUAUAAAGUCCACGUUUUUCCCUGAUAUCACCUAUGACAUCAGGGUCAGAACUGCAGACUUAAGAGAAACUCUUACUUUAGAGAAGUAUUUAUCCAAAUGCCAGCCCUCACACUUCCUAGCUUACUCUAAAUAUUAAUUUAGUUUUCAGAGAACUAGAUGCCUAAUAUGGAUUUUAAUCUUAAUGAGCACUUUUAAAUGAAUUAGACACACAGAAGAGGGGUAUUUAUUCCAGGACUGCGACAUGAGCAGGUGGUUCUGUGAACGUGAAUGCCCCAGUGUCUUAGCACAGUGGAGUCCACCAAAGGGCAAGAUUGAGAGAGGAGCUUAUCUGUCCAAAGCUUUAGAGAUGCCAAGGCUUGCUGCUUUUCCUUUCAGACUUUUUAACUCCUGCUUGUUAACUCUGCUCAAUUGUCAUAUAUAAAGAUAAAUUUAUGCAAAUGUAAGUGCUACCCCAGUAUGUUAUUUUUUGAC